GCUAUGUAGUUGCAGAAAGAUGACGUCUUAGCAACACGACAGCGCGCGAGUCGCUGAGAGAAUUGGCGGGACGGUUUGUUGUGACAUGAAACCGAGUUGUCCGUGUUUUUACCGUGUUUUAAUGUUUUAGUUGCGCGACUGAAACCCCGGUCGCCGCACAGCCGUCGCGCGCGCUGUUUUAAACACACUAAAGAAAGUUUGACAUGGAGUCUUUUCAGAAAGUGGAGAAGAUCGGCGAGGGAACGUACGGGGUGGUUUAUAAAGCCAAGAACAAGGUCACGGGAGAAACGGUCGCGCUGAAGAAGAUCAGACUGGACACAGAGACCGAAGGCGUCCCGAGCACCGCCAUCCGCGAGAUCUCCCUGCUGAAGGAGCUCAACCACCCGAACAUCGUCAAGCUGCGCGAUGUGAUCCACACAGAAAACAAACUUUACCUCGUCUUUGAGUUUCUUCACCAGGAUCUGAAGAGGUUUAUGGACUCGUCAUCCGUCUCCGGUAUAUCCCUCGCGCUCGUCAAGAGCUACCUGUUCCAGCUGCUCCAGGGUUUGGCUUUCUGUCACUCACAUCGGGUUCUCCACAGAGAUCUCAAACCCCAAAAUCUGCUCAUUAACGCUCAGGGAGAAAUCAAACUGGCGGACUUUGGGCUCGCGAGGGCGUUCGGUGUGCCGGUGCGCACAUACACGCACGAAGUCGUGACGUUGUGGUACCGAGCUCCAGAGAUCCUCCUGGGAUGUAAAUAUUACUCCACAGCGGUUGACAUCUGGAGUUUAGGCUGUAUCUUUGCUGAAAUGAUCACCAGAAGAGCAUUGUUUCCCGGUGACUCAGAAAUAGAUCAGCUCUUUCGGAUUUUCCGGACCCUGGGCACCCCGGAUGAGACCGUGUGGCCGGGAGUCACCUCGAUGCCGGACUACAAACCCUCGUUUCCGAAGUGGGCACGGCAGGAUCUCUCUAAAGUGGUGCCACCACUGGAUGAGGAUGGCAGAGAUCUUCUCGGGCAAAUGCUGGACUAUGAUCCCAACAAAAGGAUUUCCGCCAAGAACGCGCUGGUCCAUCGGUUCUUUCGGGAUGUCACAAUGCCAGUACCCUCUUUACGCCUCUGAGAUGGCUUGGACUGAAUGUUGGGUUCUUCUGUCAGGAGAAUGAUGUCGGGUUCUUUGGGAACUGUUCCGUUUUAUGAUGACCAAAGCAUUUGUACUUUCUCUCUCUGUCACUCUUGGUUCUUUAUUACAUUUUAAAGAUAUUCACUAACAUAUUACUGAAUAUUUUGCUGUUAGUAACCACGUCAGUUAUGUUACCAUCAUAUGUCAUUUCUCAUAACCAUUCUAGUUUAGAAGACACAUUCCAUGUAUAGUUUGAGUUCAAUAUGUUGUUAUGGUCAUGUAAGUUCAUAUAACAUGUAACCCUCUGUAUAAAACUUAUAUCUUCAUUGACAUUUCAAUGUUUAUUUCUAUGCUGAGAUUAAAAUUGUCUAAUUAUUGAAAA